UGGACACUGCAGUUGUCACUAACCUGGGAUUGAACUCAGGCCCUUGCACUUUCCAGGCGACAUUGAUCAGCAAGAGAUGGCUUUUCCAAGCAUGAAGAGUGCUGUUCUGGUGGAUGGGGUUGUACUGAAUGGUCCAACCACAGAUACAAGAGCAGGAGAAAAAUUUGUCGAAGAGGCCUGUAGGCUAAUAAUGGAAGAAGUGGUUUUGAAAGCUACUGAUGUUAAUGAGAAGGUGUGUGAAUGGCGGCCUCCUGAACAGCUGAAGCAGCUUCUUGACUUGGAGAUGAGAGACGCAGGCGAGCCCCAUGACAGGUUGUUGAAACUCUGCCGAGAUGUCAUACACUUCAGUGUCAAAACUAACCACCCAAGAUUUUUCAACCAACUGUAUGCGGGAUUGGAUUAUUACUCCCUGGUGGCCCGAUUUAUGACAGAAGCAUUAAAUCCUAGUGUUUAUACGUAUGAGGUGUCCCCAGUGUUUGUAUUAGUGGAAGAAGCAGUUCUGAAGAAAAUGAUUGAAUUUAUUGGCUGGCAAGAAGGAGAUGGAAUAUUUAACCCAGGUGGAUCAGUGUCCAAUAUGUAUGCAAUGAAUCUAGCUAGAUACAAAUACUGGCCUGAUGUUAAGGAAAAGGGGCUGUCGGGGUUGCCAAGAUUAAUCCUUUUCACAUCUGAGGAGUGUCAUUACUCUGUGAAGAAGUCAGCGUCUUUUCUGGGGAUUGGCACUGAGAACGUGUGCUUUGUGGAAACAGAUGGAAGAGGUAAAAUGAUACCUGAGGAAUUGGAAAAGCAGGUCCUGAAAGCCAGAAAAGUGGGGGCAGCACCAUUUCUUGUCUGUGCCACCUCUGGAACGACUGUGCUGGGCUCUUUCGAUCCCCUGGAUGAAAUUGCAGAUGUUUGUGAGAGACACGGGCUCUGGCUCCACGUGGACGCUUCUUGGGGUGGCUCAGCUUUGAUGUCAAGGAAGCACCGCCAGCUUCUGCAUGGCAUCCACAGGGCCAACUCUGUGGCCUGGAACCCACACAAGAUGCUGAUGGCUGGAAUCCAAUGCUGUGCUCUACUCGUGAAAGGCAAAUCUGAUCUUCUUAAGAAAUGCUACUCAGCUAAGGCAUCGUACCUCUUCCAACAGGAUAAAUUCUAUGAUGUCAGCUAUGAUACAGGAGACAAAUCUAUACAAUGCAGCAGAAGACCAGAUGCAUUCAAAUUCUGGAUGACCUGGAAGGCCCUGGGGACAUUAGGCCUUGAAGAAAGAGUUAAUCGUGCUCUUGCUUUAUCUAGGUACCUAGUAGAAGAGAUCAAGAAAAGAGAAGGAUUCAAGUUACUAAUGGAACCAGAAUAUGCCAAUAUUUGCUUUUGGUACAUUCCUCCAAGCCUCAGAGAGAUGGAAGAGGGACCAGAGUUCUGGAAAAAACUUAAUGUGGUGGCCCCAGCCAUCAAGGAGAGGAUGCUGAAGAAGGGAAGCCUCAUGCUGGGCUACCAGCCCCACCGGGGAAGGGUGAACUUCUUCCGUCAGGUGGUAAUCAGCCCUCAAGUGAGCCUCGAGGACAUGGACUUCCUCCUGGAUGAGAUAGACCUCCUGGGCAGAGACAUGUAGCUGUGGCUUUUGCCCCCUUGAGGCAGGACUGUGUGCAGGACAGGGCAUCUGGAGAAGCAGAGUAGAUUAUAACCCUUCUGAUGAGAAAUAGGAAUUGUCCCUACCUAGGCAUUGCAAAACCAAAUGACUAAGCAAUGGUGAUAAGAACCCCGGUUGGCUGGGCUCUGAUUAAGAUAUAAAGAAGGAAGUAUAGAAAAGAAUGAGUUUCUCAAGGAUUAUCUCUGGAAAUAACCAUGAAGAAGGGUUAGUAAAUACCACUGGGUCUUGGGUUCUAACUCACACUGCUCCUUAAAGAAGGUAUACAUUGAUAAUUUAACGCAACAAUUCUCCAGCAAUGGUUUUGUCCUGGCAGUAUCAACAUCACCUGGGAACUUCUAAGAAAUGUGGACAUGCAGGUCUCACUUCAGACCAACUGAAUCAGGAAUUCUGCGAGUGUGACCCUGUGUUCAGUUUUAGCAAGUCCUCCAGGUGAUUUUGAUGCAUCAUGCAAUCUGAGAAGCACUGUUUCUUCUUUAAAACUUUUGUAUUGAUUGAUUAAUCCAUCUGAUGUUUGCCAGCAAAAGGAUAUCAGUAGUCCUUGAGCCACUCUUUGAAAAAUACAACCAUGGCAUUUGUAGUACAAAUUUUAAGGGCAUCAGGAGACAUCAAAGCUUUUUUU